UGGAUCCGCCGCUGCCGGAGCAGCCCGGAGGGAGCUGCGGAACGCGAGGCCAGCACCGACCCCGCCCGCCAGCCCGCGCCUCCCCCGCCCGCCAUGGCCCGGGACUACGACCACCUCUUCAAGCUGCUCAUCAUCGGCGACAGCGGUGUGGGCAAGAGCAGUUUGCUGUUACGCUUUGCAGACAACACUUUCUCAGGCAGCUACAUCACCACAAUUGGAGUGGAUUUCAAGAUUCGGACUGUGGAGAUCAAUGGGGAGAAAGUGAAGCUGCAGAUCUGGGACACGGCUGGGCAGGAACGUUUCCGUACCAUCACCUCCACAUAUUAUCGGGGAACCCACGGGGUCAUCGUGGUUUAUGACGUCACCAGCGCCGAGUCCUUUGUCAACGUCAAACGAUGGCUUCACGAAAUUAACCAGAACUGUGAUGAUGUGUGCCGAAUAUUAGUGGGGAAUAAGAAUGAUGACCCUGAGCGGAAGGUGGUGGAGACAGAAGAUGCCUACAAAUUCGCCGGGCAGAUGGGGAUCCAGUUGUUUGAGACCAGUGCCAAGGAGAAUGUCAACGUGGAAGAGAUGUUCAACUGCAUCACAGAGCUGGUCCUCCGAGCAAAGAAAGACAACUUAGCGAAACAGCAGCAGCAACAACAGAACGAUGUGGUGAAGCUCACAAGGAAUAGUAAACGAAAGAAACGCUGCUGCUAAUGCCUCACCCAGCCCACUGCAGAGACUGCACUGCGGCCACUCCCUGGCCCGAGGCCCGCGGGGCUCCUCGGGGGACAGUCUCAGUUUCGUGCAGUUAUUUAAGAAUUCUCUCCACGUUUUUGUAUCUGGAGGCGCCAUCGGCACUUCCUCCCCUCCCCCUCGAGUACCAACAAGAAGGUGUUGGACAACCUGCCCUUCCCUUCUGGUGCCCCUGCCCCUUGGCCAAGGCGCCUGGGCCGGGCGAGGACGUUGCCAGCGAGCGGACUGAUUAACCAGUUUGUACAUAAUGUAUAUUGCUUUAACCGGCCGUUUCACCCUCGUCCUGCCCUGGCUUUGCCUCUCUAAUGCCAGCCUGCUGCGACAGAUCCUCCUCCCCAUCCCAUCUCACCGCCAGCAGCUUCCUGAGGAGACAGGAUCGUGUUCUAGCCACAUCUUUUGCCAACCUGGACUGUUGGAGUGGGCUCCACGUUACUCAUUCUCUCCUGCAGGCCUUUGUGGACUUCUGUACCUGGCACGUAGGGUCUCACCCAUCUCCGGAGCCUGUGCCGUCUGUGUUCCCAGCCUAGCUCCCUGCCCUUCCCAUCUCCUACCCCUAACCAUUCUGGCAGCUGGGGAGGCCUGGCCUUGAUAUAGGCCUGGGGUUCCCAUUAGAGGCCCUGCCCUCAGCUGGCCCAGCCCUUCAGUUCCACGGGAGUCACUCCUGCCCUUUGGCCAACAGAUUUCUUGUUUUGCCUUCUAGACGCCUCUAAGCUGCAAACCCAGGAGAGCUGUGGCUUCUAUUUAUACCAACCUGUUUCAGUUCCAGCAGAAGGACAGGGUGUGUUCAUGCAGGGAUGGGGCUUAGGAGCAUUAUUUUAACAACUACGAAAAUGAAGCCAAAUCAAAUGAAUUAAGUCCUCACACUUUUUUUCUCUUCCUGAGGUUUGGUUGGCACAGCAGCAAAAGUUGUGGCCUCCCCCUUGGGUCCAGUGUUUUUAGAAAAAGUGAAUGGCUUCCUGUCAUUGUGGGCCGGGCUCUUGGCAGAGCAGCUCUGCCUUUCUGGACAUUUCUUGGUGGGAAAGAAGAAGGGGCCUUUCAUCCUUGUCUGUGGUCCUGGGUCUUUGAUGUGGGGAGUGGGUGCUGCUGGACUGUGGGGAGGAUACCCCUGAGCUGGACGGCAGGCGGCCUCAGAUCACUGACGGAACUGUUAGUAGGGAGGUAGCACGAGGAAGGCAUGGCAGCUGGGGCUUGGAGCCGGGCAGCUUUGACCUAACCUGGUCCCUUGGAGGAAAAACCAGGGUCGUUGCACUUGAUUACUGCCCCCUUCCCUCCUCCUUGGGACAUUUUAUUCGCCUUCCCCCUAAAAGGAUCACGUAACCUGGGAAUAAUUUAUUUCAACACCAUGAUGUGUUUUAUUAGAUUUCCUUUCCUAGGCAAUUUCCAGGUGAAGUCCUGACUGGACAAUCAGAUCACACUGCAGAUUUUCCUCAUUAACACUGGUGAGGGGUUUUUAAUCAAAAUGGGGAGUUCCUUUGACCUGUUUUCCCACUUCCCCAAAAUGCCAAAACACUGUGGUUCCACGUGACAGGCAUUCACUUUGGAGCCACAGGAUGAGUUCUGUGGGCCUGGGAAGGCGGUGCUGUGGGGCCAACCAGAAGGCAGCCUUGUCUGGUUGGGCCAGGAGCAAAAGCAGGGUCUCCGUCCUCAGACUGUCCUGGCCGAUCAUGGAUCCUGGGUGGGCAGCACACUCCACUCUGAGCGUUAAGAUGACGCCACUGUGGCAGUGCUCACAAAUUCAAGCAAUAAGAGGAGGGGUCCUGGAAGUGUCCAGCCCAGGCUAGAAACCCUCAUGGCUUCUGGCAACUGGAUGUCCAGACCCAGGUGGCGAGGUGAUUUUGGUGACGACUGUGCCUGUCCCACUGAGUGUUAGUACGCAUGAAUGGGGGGGGGGGGUGGGGGCCUCACAGGGCUGGGCCGAUGUCCUGGUGGACCUGAUGCGAAAUCCUGUUGAACAACAAAACUUUUAAAUGGUUUGCUAGGAUUAUUUCUGUAUCGAAAGUUUCUAAUUAUGCUUUUUUUAAAAAAGUACUAAAAAUAAAGGUUCAAGCUGCCAAAUUUUC